UUACAAUCACAUGACCUACACGUCAAAAUGGCUGAACUAAUUGCGGUACCGUUGAAGAAACCGUCUGAUGUUGAUGUAAUUAAACCACUUACAAAUAUUAUUAAAUCAACGUAUAAUAGCGCAAACGAUCAAAAAGAUUAUACGGAAGCAAUCGCAGAUUUUAGUAAAUUAAGGAAUAAUGCUUUGUGGCGAGCUUUCGAGAAAUACGAAAGUUCUUUGGAGGUUAUAUACAGUUACUAUGAUCAAUUGUGUGCAUUGGAAGGCAAGAUACCUGCUCAUGAAUUACAAAUUCCAUUUAAGUGGAAAGAUGCAUUUGAUCGUACCAUAUUUGGUGGAAAACUCAGUUUGACAAUUAGUACAUUAGCAUAUGAAAAAGUCUGUGUAUUAUUUAAUAUUGCUGCUUUGCAAAGUUCAGUUGCAGCAGCACAGUCUUUAGAAAGUGAUGAAGGAUUGAAACUGGCUGCAAAAUUAUUUCAACAAUCUGCUGGUAUCUUUAAUUAUCUUAAAGCAAAUGUUAUGAUGGCUAUUCAACAAGAACCAACACCAGAUAUCAGUCCAGAAACAUUAGGAGCAUUAUCUGCAUUAAUGCUUGCUCAGGCACAAGAAAUAUUUGUACAUAAAGCAAUCCAUGAUGCUAUGAAAAAUGGGAUUAUUGCUAGACUAGCUGCACAGGCAGAAGAAUUGUACGCGGAUACAUUAAAAUUAUUUCAAAAGGAGAUUUUUAGGGCAUUUUGGGAUAAAGAAUGGGUUCCUUUAAUUGCAGGAAAACAAGCUGGAUAUCGGGCAAUGACCGAAUUUUAUCAAUCAUUAGUAUGCAAGAAUAACAAGUCAAUUGGAGAAGAAAUUGCCAGAUUAGAGCAUGCUGUGGAAUUGUUUAAAGCUGCACAACAACGUUCAAACAAAUCUCACUUAUUCCAAGACUAUGCUAACAAAGCACAGAGGAAUCUAACAGAAGUAAAAAAAGAUAAUGAUUUUAUUUAUCAUGAAAGAAUACCAGAUAUAAAGUCUUUGGAACCAGUUGGAAAAGCUAAUGUUGCAAAACUGUUAUCAAUGCCUGAAGUUUUUAGCUCCAACUUUAAAGAUCUUUUUGCUGAUUUAUUACCUGUUAGUGUACAUCAAGCAUUAUCAUCUUAUGAAGUUCGUCGAAAUGAAUUGGUUAAUUCAGAAAUAUCUAAAUUACGCGAAAUGACACAAAUUUUAAACGGUGUGUUGGCAAGUUUAAAUUUACCAGCUGCUAUUGAAGAUACAAGUGGAACUGAGUUACCUCAAUCUGUAUUAGAGAAGGCUCAAUAUGUAAAAGAUGCAGGCGGAAUUCAAGCUUUGGAAAAUUCUAUGAAAGAAUUGCCUGAUCUAUUACAAAGAAAUAAAGAACUUUUGGACGAGUGUGAACGAAUGUUACAAGAGGAACGUGAGUCUGAUGAUCAAUUAAGAGAACAAUUUAAAGAACGUUGGACAAGAAUACCUAGCAGUCGUUUAACAGAGCAAUUUACUAUUACUCUACGGAAAUAUCGUGAAAUUAUUAAUAAUGCUGUAUCCGCUGAUAAGGUUGUUCGUGAGAAAUAUGAAAAUCACAAGGAAAGUAUGGAAACUUUAAGUUUGCAUGCAAAUGAUUUGAUUAAUGCUGUGCCAGCUGGAUCGGCAGUUCAAGAAACCAAUACUGUUGUUCAACUUAGGAAGUUAAUGGAAGAUAUUGAAACAUUAAAAACAGAACGCGAUGUUAUAGAAAGUGAACUGAAAUCUGCUAUUACCGAUAUGAAAGCAACGUUCUUGUCAGCGCUUGCAAAAGAUGGCGGAAUUGAUGAACCAAAUUUAUCAGUUGAAAGUAUAGGAAAAACUUAUGGACCUUUACAAAAACAAGUGAGAGAUAGCGUUGCUCGCCAAGAACAAUUAAUUGCUGAGAUUCAGAUGUGUCAUACACAAUUUACAGUCGAACAAUCUGGUAGAGGUAGUUCAAGAGAAGCAAUGUUAUGUAAAUUAGCAGCUGCUUAUGAUGCAUUUAAAGAAUUGAAAGGCAACUUAAACGAAGGUGCUAAAUUUUAUAAUGAUUUAACACAGUUGCUAGUAGUCUUCCAAAAUAAAAUAUCGGACUUCUGCUUCGCUCGGAAAACCGAGAAAGAAGAACUACUGAAAGAUUUAACAACAAAUUUGAGUCAUACUGGGCCAACUCCAACUCCUAACAUUCCAUCUCAUCACGGAGCAACAUCCGGACAAAGCCAAUCAGGAAUAGAACAAAGUGGAUCAUCGCAAUUACCAUAUCCUUCGUAUUUCCAAGGUGGAAUGCCUGUACCGUAUGGAGCUGGUCCUACUACACCAUAUCCCACAUAUAUCUCCCCUCCUAUGCCUACAACGUAUAAUCCAUAUGCAACAAUGCCUUAUCCCGCGCAAGGAAGUUAUAAUCCGUAUCAAAAUAUGCCUCCAACUCCUUAUGGUGGAUACGCGACUCUGCCACGUUAUGGCGGUAAUCAGCAUCCUCGCCAAGGACAUCCGUUUUGAAGAAUGAAUAAUAUUUUAUAUACGUAUACUGUGAUUGCAUAAUAUAGCAUGCAGAAUUUAUAAGAAUGAAAAAAAUGUAUAUGAUGUAACGUUAUGGAAGUUAAUGCGAAAUACGUUUCAAUCUGUCCAAUAUCGAGCAGUAAAGAAAUUAUACGUUGAAAAUCAAUUUUGAAGAAAUUAUAUUCCUUGAUUGUUACUGUAUUUCAUGCAGUUGAAUUUUAAUAUAGAAUGUAUUACUACGUGAUAUGUGUUAAGCUUUAAACGUUGCUUCAGGAAAAGAAAAAAGAUUUAAAUACGAUAAUGCUCGUGCAAUUUAUAAAUAUAUUUUGUAACAUAAUAUAUUGUAGUCAAUGAUUAUAACGCCUACAAGUCGUAA